CCUGCCGGGCCGCGGAGCUGCGAUGCCCUCGGACUUCAUUUCUCUGCUCAGCGCCGACCUCGACCUCGAGUCCCCCAAGUCGCUCUACUCCAAGGAAUCUGUCUAUGACCUUCUCCCAAAGGAGCUGCAGUUACCACCUUCCAGAGAAACAUCCAUAGCAUCCAUGAGCCAAACAAGCGGUGGCGAGGCAGGUUCGCCGCCUCCAGCUGUAGUUGCUGCUGAUGCUUCUUCAGCUCCUUCCUCUUCCUCCAUGGGCGGUGCUUGCAGCUCCUUUACCACCUCUUCCAGUCCUACCAUUUACUCUACCUCAGUCACCGACAGCAAGGCUAUGCAAGUGGAGAGCUGCUCCUCAGCCGUGGGGGUAAGUACCCGAGGGGUAAGUGACCAGCAGAUAACCAGUAACACAGCCCAGCAGCACCAGUCAACGCCGCGGCGCCACACAGUCCUGUACAUCUCGCCACCACCCGAGGACCUGCUGGACAACAGUCGGAUGUCCUGCCAGGAUGAGGGCUGUGCACUGGAGUCAGAACAGAGCUGCAGUAUGUGGAUGGAGGAUUCACCCUCCAACUUCAGUAACAUGAGUACCAGUUCCUACAAUGAUAACACUGAGGUGCCACGUAAAUCGCGCAAACGCAACCCAAAGCAGAGGCCAGGGAUCAAACGCCGAGAUUGUGAAGAGUCCAACAUGGAUAUCUUUGAUGCCGACAGUGCCAAAGCGCCUCACUAUGUCCUUUCUCAGCUCAGCACGGACAGCAAAGGCAACUCAAAAGCAGGAAAUGGAGCAUCAGAGAACCAGAAGGGAGCUGGAGGGAAGAAGACCCCAAUGUUGUGUGGUCAGUAUCCGACUAAGAGUGAGGGGAAGGAACUGAAGAUUGUGGUGCAGCCGGAGACCCAGCACAGGGCUCGUUAUCUGACCGAGGGCAGCCGGGGCUCUGUGAAGGACCGGACACAGCAGGGCUUUCCCACGGUGAAGCUGGAGGGUCACAACGAGCCGGUGGUGCUGCAGGUGUUUGUGGGGAACGACUCCGGGCGUGUGAAGCCGCACGGGUUCUACCAGGCCUGCAGAGUCACUGGGAGAAACACCACCCCCUGCAAGGAGGUGGACAUAGAGGGGACCACAGUCAUCGAGGUCGGGCUGGACCCAAGCAACAACAUGACACUGGCGGUUGAUUGUGUGGGAAUCCUGAAGCUGAGGAAUGCUGAUGUUGAAGCCAGGAUAGGGAUUGCCGGGUCCAAGAAGAAGAGCACACGCGCCCGGCUGGUCUUUCGCGUCAACAUCACGCGCAAGGACGGCUCCACUCUGACCCUGCAGACGCCUUCUUCCCCCAUUCUGUGCACUCAACCAGCGGGAGUUCCAGAGAUCCUAAAGAAAAGUCUCCACAGCUGUUCAGUGAAGGGUGAAGAGGAAGUUUUUCUGAUUGGCAAGAACUUCCUAAAGGGAACAAAAGUGAUUUUCCAAGAGAAUGUUUCUGAUGAGAAUUCCUGGAAGGCAGAAGCUGAAAUAGAUAUGGAAUUAUUUCAUCAGAAUCACCUUAUUGUGAAGGUGCCACCAUAUCACGACCAGCAAAUAACCUCAGCUGUUUCUGUGGGAAUAUACGUGGUGACCAACGCUGGGAGAUCUCACGAUGUGCAGCCCUUUACCUACACUCCAGAUCCAGCAGCUGGGACUCUGAAUGUUAAUGUGAAGAAGGAAAUCUCCAGCCCAGCCCAACAUUGUUCUUUUGAAGAGGCUAUAAAAGCAGUGAAGGCCUCAGGCUGUAACCUGGAGAAGGUGAACAUUCUUCCUAGUGCCUUGAUAACUCCACUCAUGCCAAGCAGUAUGAUUAAGAAUGAAGAUGUGGCUCCAAUGGAAGUAAGUGCAGAAAAACGCUCUCCCCCCACGUUCCAGGCUUCAAAUGUGGUUGGACCAACUCAACAAACAUUGGAAAACAGCAUGUCUGGCAUAUCAACUUCUGCUUCCCAUUUACCUUCUGAAAGUGAAAACCAGCAGCAAAUCCAGCCCAAGGUGUACAACCCAGAGCCCCUGACCACGAUCCAGACCCAGGACAUUUCCCAGCCUGGCAGCUUCUCAGCAGUGUCCACUCCGGGGCAGCUGCAGAACAGCGACGCGUUACUGCAGCAAGCUGCCCAGUUCCAAACGAGGGAUUCCCAGACCAGGGAAGUGCUGCAGUCGGAUGGCACAGUAGUGACUCUGUCACAGUUGACUGAUGCAUCACAACAACAACAGUCCACGCUCUCAGAGCCAGCACAGGCCUUGCAGCAGCAGAUUUCAUCGAGUAUCUUCUCAUCGGCCAGCGGCGUGAGUCAGUUACAGAACACGAUACAGCAGCUCCAGGCUGGGAAUUUUCCGACCAACACUGCCACUGGCAGCAAUAGGAACGUUGACUUGGUGCAGCAGGUUUUGGAAGCUCAGCAGCAGUUAUCUUCCGUUCUGUUCUCUGGUUCAGACAGCAGUGAGGAUGUCCAAGAUCAGCUGAACGCAGAUAUCUUUCAGCAGGUCAGCCAGAUACAGAAUAGUGUAAAUCCUGGGAUAUUUUCCUCCUCAGACACAGCUGUCCAUUCCAGAGCAGAGAACCUUUUGCCUGGGCGAGCUGAGAACGUUCACUCUCAGCCUGAGAACUCCCUGUCCAACCCCCAGCAGCAGCAGCAGCAGCAGCAGCAGGCGAUGGAGACGUCGGCGGCGAUGGUGAUCGGGAUCCAGCAGAACAUGUGCCCGGCGGCCACGCCGAUGCAGUCGGAUCUGUUCUCCUCCACAACGUCGGGGAACGGAGCCCUGCAGCAGUCCCCGGUGUACCAGCAGGCUUCUCACAUGAUGAGUGGGUUAUCAACUAAUGAAGACAUGCAAAUGCAGUGUGAAUUAUUCUCCUCGUCCCCCGGUGUCUCGGGAAGCGAGGCAGCUGCCCCUGCUCAGCAGCAGGUCUCCAACAACGGCCCUGCCAUGUUCCAGGCAUCCAAUUCUGCAGAUGGAGAAGAGGCUUCAGGACAGAGUAAGCAGAUGCAGAGCUCUGUGUUUCAAACCAUGGUUCAGAUGCAGCACGGUGGGGAAAGUCAGUCCCAGGUUAAUCUCUUCUCAUCUACCAAAACCAUGAUGAGUGUCCAGGCGAGUGGGACUCAGCAGCAAGGGGGGGGCCUGUUCCAGCAAGGUGGGGAAAUGAUGUCGAUCCAGUCAGGAAGCUUCAUGCAGCAGUCUCCACACUCACAGGCUCAGCUUUUCCACUCUCAGAAUCCUAUUGGUGAUACUCAGAAUAUAUCCCAGGAAACACAAGGCUCUCUUUUUCAUAGCUCAAAUUCCAUUGUCCACAACCAGACCAACACUAACUCCUCUGACCAACUGCAGCCCCCGAUGUUCCACUCUCAGAAUGCCAUGGGUGUCUUGCAGAGCUCCUCGGUUCCUCAAGACCAGCAGUCUGCCAACAUGUUCCUCUCCCAGAGUUCCAUGAGCAACCCUGCCACUCAGGAAGAACAGAUGUCAUUCUUUACAAGCCCAAAUUCCAUUUCUUCUCUUCAGACAGCAACAAACACUGAACAGCAGACUUCUUUCCAGCAGCAGACCCAGAUAUCUCAUAUCCAGAGUUCCAUGCUUCCCCAGGAGCAGCCUCAGACCCAGCCUGCUCAGCAGGGUUUGUUUCAGUCUCAAGUGUCGUUGGGCUCCAUCCAGUCCAGCUCCAUCCCUCAGAACCAACAAGGAGCCAUCUUCCAACCUCAGCAUUCGAUCGUUGCUAUCCAGAGCAGUCCUCCAGCGCAAGAACAGCAGCAGCAGCAGCAGCAGAACAUGAUGUUCAGCAAUCAAAGCGCAAUGGGUACCAUGGCCUCUCAAAAGCAGAACAUGAUUUUCAAUCCUAAUCAAAACCCAGUUACCAACCAGGAGCAACAAGGCCAGUCCAUUUUCCAUCCACAGACGAACAUGGCAUCGAUGAACCAGGAGCAGCAGCCCAUGCAAUUCCAGAGUCAGACCCCAGUGUCUUCUCUCCAGAAUCCUGGCUCCAACCAGGCCGAAGCACAGCAGCCAACCAUCUUCCAUAACUCGCCCCAGAUUCAGCUGGUCCAAGGGUCCCCAAGUUCUCAAGAGCAACAAGUCACCCUGUUCAUCUCCUCAGCUUCCAUGUCUGCCCUGCAGAACAGCAUGAGCCAGCCGGAGCUGCAGCAGUCUCCCAUGUACUCCUCUCAGAACAGCAUGGCAGGAAUGCCAGGAACUGCCUCUCCUCCCCAGCAACAGGCCCCUUUGUUCCACAACACAGCAGGAGGUGCCAUCAACCAGCUGCAGAAUUCCCCUGCGUCAUCCCAGCAGACAUCAGGAAUAUUCCUGUUUGGCAUCCAAAACAACUGUGGCCAGCUGCUCACCUCGGGGCCAGCCCCACUGCCAGAGGAGCUGAUGGCCAUGGGCCAGCCCGGGCAGCCCCAGGGCGAGGGGCAGGCGGCGGUGCCGGCGCUCCUGUCCCAGCAGAUCUCGGAGCCGGCGCCGCUGCCGCCGGCGAUGGCACCCAACCAGAACAUGGAGAAAAUUGAUGAUCUGCUCGUGUCCUUGCAAAACCAGGGGAACAACAUGGCUGGCUCCUUCUAAUCUGGCAAAAAUUCUGUGAAGAAAAAAACCCGACGAUUUCCCAGAUCCUCUCAGACCUUCCGACUCUGGAUUAGGCUGCGUGGAACUGAUUGCUUCUGUGGAAAAGUGGCCCUCUCUAAAGAGCACACACGUGGCCAGUGGCAGACCUGGGGCCACAGCCAUGGAAUUUGGGCUCUGUAGUGCCAAUAAUGCUGAGGAGUUAUGCUUUGUGUUACUGGGGCAUGGGAUUGGGCUGUUACCAGGUUCCUAAACCUCAUUACCGUGGGGGCUCUUUGAAUUUAAAGCAUAUCUGGUCAGUUAUUAUUGUUGUUAGAAGGUAAUCCAUGUUACCAUGUUUACUUUUUUCCCCUUCUCUUCCUUCUUCACAUCCCCUCUUUUGCCUAGGAAAGCUCAUGAAGCAGGAACAGCAGUUUCCUGUGACAUGAGCUGUGUCUCAGCUGUCAGUAAGUGAUGGAGUCUCACAAUUGACAUGGAGUGGGACAGCCAAAUCUGCGAUUUAUUAAUUGAAAAUAUUGAUAUAACCAAGCAGAGAAUUGUUGCUAUAGAUAGCCAGAGGUGAGCAAUUCCCAUCUGAGAAUGGGAUUAACAAUUUUCCACAUCUCUUAGCUGUACAUAGAGCAAGGGUUUGGUGGCUCUGCAGAAUGAAGAAAUGAAGGGGAACUUCCAGUUGCUCUUAAAAUUUUCUCCUCUAAAACAUCUUCAGCUUGUAAAGAACAUUCUGGCUGAGGAAGGAACUCCUCUGUGUCUCUCACUCUGACUGAUGGGUUAGAGCUCUGUAAAGUCUCAUUAGCUGUUCCCAAACCAGCCUUCUCCCUUUCAUCCUUUCCAUGGUUCUCCUUUUCUCCCUCAGUUUCAUACUGUGUUUUUAAAGAAAAGACAUAAAUAUCCUACUGGCUUUAAAGCUCAGAAGCAGCUUUUAGGAAUCCUUGGCAGUAAAUUGCUUAGUCAGUAGAAGCUUUGAUAAAUAAUCAAGGAGUAAGGAGGGAGGAAGCAAUUUCCCCACCACCUUCUAAAUGCAGGAAUCCCCCUUAACCUGCCAUUUUCCAGCUGUGACUGAUGGAAAUCUUCAGCUUGGCUUUACUCCAAGUAGGGGGCAAAUUGCAUCAUUUUUAAGCCUUCUUAAAACAUCACUUCGUCCUGAGCUGUUGCAUCUCUGUAGCACGUGGAGCUCAUUGCAGUUCUGAAGUGAUUUUUCCUUUUUCUACCACCAAGCCCCAAGUCUGGUUUCUAGAUUGUCGUGUUUAAUUCAGAAAUAAAUCAUUGACUAUUGUUACCGAAUGUAAAAACAACCCACUCCAGACCAUGCAGGUGUAUUGUGAGGCAUGUGAAUUUUUUGGGUGCUUCAACUCUCGGGACAGUUUGUGAUCUCUCACUAAAGCCUCGCUCAGAUCCGUGUUCUCCUCCCGCUCCCCGGGCGGCCGUAACGCCUCGUAGAGUGUAGUUGGUGUCACGUCAUUUUUCAUUUUUGUUAUUUGAAAUAACAAAAGAACAGUCUGUAAAUGGUUUUUUUUUUUAAGUUCCUCAAGUCUGUUUACUGUGUGUUUUCCCCUUGUGUGCGUAGUUGAGCCGUGUAGAGUUUUUGUUGGUUUUCCUGGAUUUUCCCUGUUUGUGGGUCUGUCACGACGUUCACUUUCUCUUUCUGUCUCUCUCUUUCUCUCUCUCAUUGAGAGGCAUUGAAUUACGUUUUCAGUAGUAAGGCUUCUUGCCGAUAUGAAGGGAACUUUUCAGAAAGAGACCUGCUCUGGGUCAUUUAAUUUUGAAUACAGUUUUCAAUCGUUCAAGUUUUGGAUGGUUUAUAUCUAAUGUGUGUUUCAUUUUUUUGGAAAGCUAUAUUUUGUAUUUAGGAAAUGGUAUAACUAUUUUGCUAUUUGUACUGAGUGAGUACAUUGGCAUAAAUAUAAAAAAUUUAUAUAUAUACAUAUAUAUAAAAUAUUCUUUUUGCCACACAUUUUUGUGGUAAAUUUGUGAGUUUGUCUGAUGUUCUACCACAACGUGGCGUCUGAUAACAGUGGGGUGGGGUGGGGUUUGUUAUGUCUUUAUUGAGUAUUUAAGUACUUUUUGCAACAUAAAUAACGUGUUCAUCUCUCGCCAUUCCAUCAGGCAGUGUUGGUCCAGCUGGCCAUGAGAAGCUUCGCUCUGUGUUCGGUGUGUCCCUUACUCACAGUCUGGGAAGGAAACCCAGAGGCAUUUAGGAUUAUACAAAAUAUGAAAUAUCGGGGUUUCCCUCAGAAUGAGCCAUUCAGCUUUUCUCCACUCUCAUUGCCUAUUUAAUAUUUUAUUAUUAGCGCCUCUGUGUUUUAACUCUUAAUUUAUAAUUAUGCUCAAACUUCAAAAAUUUUAAUCAUGACAAAACAAAUUCCCUGCUGCAUCAUGUCCAGAGCUGCUUUAACCCCAACCAGACUUUUUUCUUUUUGUGGGUUUGUUGUUUUGUUUUUUUUUUUUUCCCCUGCUAAGACAAAAUAUUAACAACAUCUUGUAAUGGUUCAUGAUGUGAAAGCAGCAGCCUCACAGCAGUGACCAAAUGCUGUGUGGGGCUCAGACUGAGAACUAUGGACUGAAACAACUUCCAGAGGGCCAUGGAAGUCCGUAGCCAGUUAUUGGAAAAGGAACUGACGGUGUUUGCAGGAUGCAUUUCCCAGGACAAGCUGCUGGGUGUCACCUGGGGCCAUCAUACACAGGAGAAGUGACAGGAAUGAUCAAUUCACUCUGUGCUGCUUCAGUUUGUUUGUUGUUCCGAAGGGGUGUAUCUGUAUGUUGGUCAAUGCCAAGUCACCAGGGACCAAUUCUCCAUGGAACAGGAUGGGUGCCCAGAAGAGAACCUCAUCCCAGGACUGCCACAGCUCCAAGGCAGUAUGUUUGAAUUGUGGGUUUGUUUGAGAUCGCUUGUGAAGAGAAGAGAAAAAGAUGUACAAAACAAACCAAUCAAGGGCUGUGCUAUCCCAGUUUUCCCUUCUGGAAACACCUCCUUUCCUCGUGUUAGAUUUACCUGUUCAUUUUAGGUCAAUGUUUAAAUGUACAACACUUUGAACAUGUGAUUUGGUUACAAAAAGUAUUUGUCUGUGACUGAAGAGGUCGCUCAGCGGUUGGCAUGUGCUCAGAGCUAUUUCAGAGGACGGAGGGAUUGGAUCAGCCAAAAAAGAGCUGAAGGACAGGCUGCAGGAUGUCACAGGAGCCACAUCUGUGUUUUACCAGAGUCCUGAGCAUUUUCUUCUGUAAUUAAGCAGUUGAGAUUGGUCGGUGGAGCUUUAUCUGCUUUGUUUGAUCCCUGUGUUUCCCCCUCUGCUCUCCCGGAGCACACGGAUUGUUGGUACUGUGUCUGGUCCCAUUGGCUGAGAAGGAAGAUCCUGAGGUUUUAGUCUCUGUAAAUCAAGCCUCCGUGGGGGGGUAUCAGAGCACAGUUUGUGGGGACAGGUGAGGAUUUAGGGAGAGGAACCUGCCAGGCACAGCCCCACGUCCACACACGUUCUCUCGGCCACUUUUACAUUGUGAGUGUGCACAAGAGACACAAAAAUCACACACCCAACACUUAAUGCACAGUUUUAGCUGAAUGUCUCCUCUGGCAGGGCCUUACUGGUGCUUUGUGCUUAAUUAGCAAGUUGUUAUUAAUUGCCUCCUCACUGCCUGAUCUUUCAGCGAGCCAAAUGCUUUGCUCUUAUUUUAACACAAAUCUAGUUCAAGAAGCAAUUCCAGGCUGGCAGUUCUGAAGUGGAUAUUGAAUCUCCAAUCAUUUAUUAUAAUUACCUCUAAUCACUGACAGGGUGGUUGCUUCCCAUGUAGUUUUAAGAUAAAAUAAGGCCUGAGCAGUUAAACAUUGGCAGGUUUUUCACUCGAAGUGCCAAGUCUGGGCAGCUCUGUCAGUGGACAUUCCCCUCAUUUGGAUAAGUUGCAACUUUGCAACUUUUUUUUUUUUUGAAGUUUGUAUUGAGAUUUUGAUUUAGGAUCUAAUUUUUAAAAGGAAAACGUGUCUGAACAGUUUUUUAUUCCUGAUUUCUUGUGCCCCUACUUGGAAAACUGUUUGGUUCCUUUUCUAGGGGCAUGGCAUGAGAGGAGUGCAGGGAGCACUGUCUGAAUGGGAGAAGCAGGAACAAGGAGAGGGAAUUGCUUGGCAUGCUCUGAGCUGUAGGUGGAAGAUGCAAAGAGGAAAUACUGGUGACUUCUCAUUAGUGUAAAAUUGACUUUCAAGGAGUCAGUGGGUUUUGUGGUCCAGAACACUGGGAGCAGCUCUGUUCUUUAGAAACUAAAAGGAAACAGCACUGAGAUGCUGUGUUUUUUCAAGGGUUUUGUUUUAAUUUGGGCUUAGUUAGUCUUUUGGGGCAGAUUGUUUGUGCUCAGCCCAGUUAUGCCAGUUGUGGUGCCCUGUGCAGGGAGUCUGUGCCCACUGCUCCAGGAUGAGCAAGAGGGUCAGGGUUGGAAAUGGGAUAAAUGUGUUUAGAUACAAAGAAAAAUACAGCAGGGGGCAAACUCCUGUAAAAGGGAACUUGUAAAAUUCUCUAGUGGAGUGGGGGGCUCAGAGGGGUUACACAGGAGGAGAGGCUUUUCCUCUCACAUUCUGUAUAGGAAUGUAAAUAUGCACUGCCUGUAUAUUCUAGGAUUAUAUAUAUGUAUAUAGGGAGUCAUAUCUAUUAUAUAUAAAUAACUAGACACAUGCAUAGAAUACUGUUAUAUUUACAUUUUUAUAAACAUGAAAUAAUAUUCCUUUUCCUUAGUAGGAGGUUUUUGUAGUCACUCAUGAGUAGCUGUCUCAGCACCUCUCAGUCCUGUAUGUGUGGCCCUGUUGGUAAUGUGACUCCAGAAUUUGCUUUGCUUGUGAAUGUCACUGAAAUCUGUGGGUUUGAACAGCUGUGGCCACUUUUGUAUUUUUAUAUCUUUUUAUUAAUACUUGCAGAUAUGGGUUAGAGUAGAACUGACAAGCAGGUGGAGGCCUGUCUGAGGAUGGGCUGUGGAAGCGCAGUGGCAGCACAGGCUUCCUGCAUCCCUGAGCUCCUGUCUGGCUUCCUUUGAGCCCCUGCAGGACUUUUCCCAUUCCCAAUCUCCCAGCAGCUCGUGCAGACAGGGAAUGGUGGUGGCUGUGCUGUGGAGGAGCUGGGCUCACACCAGUCAGAUAUGUUGGUCCUUGCUGGGUAGCGAAGGGGCCCUGUUGCUCAGCUGGCUGUGUUGGGUCAGGGAGGA